AGAACUUCGGGGCUCGAACCCCGACUCGAUUUUUUUUUGUUCAGAGUUUCAAGAUUUAUAUUUCCUACACUUUCUCGUUGAGAGCAGAUGGGAAUCGAACCCAGGACCAUUCGCUUACAAAGCGAACACCGAUUAAUGACAGAAACGCACCGAAAAUGUGCCAUUCGUUUCAUCGAUAUUUGUAACUGAUCGGUAUAUAAACCCGUAAGCUAGAUAUGACCAAGCCUCAAUAAACAAGUGACGAUGGGCAAGCCAACAGUGCUCACGAUAACCUUGCUGUUAAUCAUCUUCCUGAACAUACCGACUAGUUCGGAUGCUGUUAUGACUAUCCAGUUGGAACGAAUCGAGCAGAUCGGCGGCGAACACUUGGUGAAUUCGACCAUGGUCCGCGUCCGGAAGUUUAACCGCACCACCUUCACCAUGAACGGGACAGGUAUCCUGUUGCUGGAUCUGGACGAUUCUUACGAAGCAAAUGUUAAGGUCGCCUACAGUCGUCUCGGGAACAACCAGUGGAACGAGUAUCCGAUGAAGAUUGGUCAGAAGAACAUCUGCCAAGUAAUGGUCGAAGAGUACCAGCAGUACCAGUACGUGUUCAUCGAAAACACGAAUCUGCCUCGUAUCCCGGAGGGAACCAAGAGAUUCUGUCCAAUUUCCAAGGGUGCGUACUGGUUUCGGGACAUAGUGCCGGACGCUGGCUUUGUUCCACCAGUUGUUCCGGCCGGCUACUGGCGCAUGACACUGGAGUCCUGGCGGAAGGGUGAACUGCAGGGUGUGUUCCGAAUUUACGCCCGUCUUACCAAGGGUUUAUUAUGAUUUCCUAGUAUUGACAGCUGGCGAGUUCUGGUUUAUGUUAUCUUAACCUUGAGUGACCUUGUAUGUGAUGUCUUCGAGAUGUCGCGUUGACAAUUUUCAUUCUAGAUUUUUUUUUUUCGUCUUAGACGUCUUAUCCAUAUAUCUUGAAUGCUGCUGCCUAAAUUUUGACAGGGAACUUUGGCUCGCAAACUGUCAGAUGAACCAAAUCAAAAAAUCAACUUUAUACAGGACAAAAUAAAAGAUCAAUACUGUUCUGGUCGUGUAUGACAAUCCUUUAAACAAAUGCUAAAAUAAAUAAAAGGAAUACUUUUGGG